AGUACCUUAAAUAAGUUUUUCUCAGGCGAAAGUACACGUUUGUACCUUUUCAUAACCCAGUGUUUUAAAACAGAACAACAAAAUAAAAAGGCCGAAGACAGACAGGCUGUGUGGAGUCAAAACAACUUAGAAAACUAAUAUUAUGUCCUUUUACUAAAGGUUUUUUUUAAGACAUAGCCUUGAGGGAACCUUCCCAGUGACAGCUUAGUACCCUUUUUCUGAGAGUGGACGGUCUGCUGGCAGUUUCUUGAAGUAUAUAAAUGACAUCUGUAAACAAAUACAUAAUAUAGGACCCUUAAAUACACAAUGUGUGUGUAAUAUAUGCCAUAUAAUAGCCAAAAUGUAAUGAGUUGGCAGUUGUUGUUGGUUGUUUCUAAAAGGCCAGCUUACGCUGAACCUGUAAGCAAAUAUAAUGUAAACAAAGUGUAAUGAAAAUAUACGAGUUGUGUUGGUGGUUUGUUAAGAACAAGAAUGCUUCAUAAGAAUUUAGUGAACUGGUUUCUGUGGGUAGAGUCUUAGCAGUAAUUACCUUGUGCUACAUUUGUAAACAAAUGUGUUAUAUUUGUAUAACGGAGUUAUUAGUUGCUGUUUGUAAUUUCUUUAGAGUAAUAUAGUAUGUAUGUUUACAGAAUGAGAUGGUUUCCGUCGUUAGUUCUGCAUAAUAGCAUAUAAAAAGGGAAUGAUGAUGAUGUAGACAUACUGUGGUGUUGUGUUAUUGCUCCAGCUGUGCUGUGCCCAUUCGAGAGAAAAAAUGCCCAAACUUUUUCGACAUGAAACAACUGCAACUGUACACGUUUUCGAGAUGAAAGAAGGCGGGGUUAUUACGUUUCCCACCCAUAUUCCGACAGACUUGGUCUGAGUGUGAACUACUGGCCAAUCCUAAUGCCGGUGGGCGGGAUUAGAUUAGCCAAUCAUCACACUAGGAGCGGUACGACUAGCCAAUCACAGGAGGCAGGAGUCUGAUGGAACACGGGUAGGGAAACACGGUGCGCACGUGUGUUUGGAUGAACGUGCAGCGCGAGCUGUAGCCUACAUGCUCCCGUCCGCAUCCUCAAUGGCGGGGGGCGGCGGGAGGACGCCUUACGACAACUUCUAGCAGUGCUUUAUGAUAAAAGCGUAAAUACCACCGCGAUAUGAACAACUCAUUACAAUAGCCCACCAUCUGUAGCCGAGCGUAAAUAAAUAAAUAAACACACAUUGGACGUGUCAGAUUUAUUGGUCAUAUUGGACGCGUGUCGUUGAAGUGAGUCGUGUCUCUGUGUCGUGUUACUCUACAGAUCUCGUUCAUAAGCUUCAUUAAGUUUGAGUGGUGCUUUUUUCAGGCAAACGUGUUGGUCUCUCGCUUUAGAGUAAAACACAGUGAAUGGGUUUGAUGCUGGUGGUCUGGUCCCCGCCCCACUCCCUCCGUCGCGCGCUACUACACGAUCUGCACGUUGCACACUUCCAAGCAGGUUAAGGGGGCGUGUUUCAGCUCCUUCCGUGAGUACAACGUCUGCAGUAACAAGUAAACAGAUACAACUCUGAUUAGAGUUACUCACUUUAACCUUCUUUAGCUGUUUUGAAUGGCUCGAGUUGUCUGAGACUGAAGCGUUUUGGUGAAGCUGAAGGACCAGCAGGCUGUAGGACAGUAAUUUUGCGGAGAAAGCUCGGAGCAGACAUGCCGUUUCUUCAGCAUCUUGCGGACAUGAAGUUGGAGCAGCUGGCUCUGGAGCACAUUGUGCCCGCUCUCCGGGAUCAUGGGUUUUUUUACGUGGAUAAUUUUUUGGGCGACACGGUUGGACGUAUGGUGCUAGGGCAGGUGAAGCAAAUGCACUGUUCUGGGCUUCUGAACGACGGACAGCUCGCUGGUCGAGGCUCGGGCGUUUCCAAACGACACAUAAGGGGCGAUAAAAUAGCCUGGGUGAGCGGAACAGAGAGGGGCGCGGAGGCCAUCAACUUCUUACUCAAACUGAUCGACAAGCUGGUUUCUCUGUGCAUCGGACGGCUGGGCAAAAACGUGAUUCGUGAGAGAUCGAAGGCUAUGGUGGCAUGCUAUCCAGGCAAUGGGGCAGGUUACGUGAAACAUGUAGAUAACCCUAAUGCGGACGGGCGCUGUGUCACCUGCAUCUACUACCUGAACAAAAACUGGAAUGCCAAGGAGCAUGGGGGAAUUCUACGGAUAUUUCCUGAAGGAAAAUCCUAUGUAGCUGACAUUGAACCUUUGUUUGAUCGACUGCUGCUCUUCUGGUCAGACCGUAGGAACCCUCAUGAAGUACAACCAUCAUUUGCUACCAGGUAUGCAAUCACAGUGUGGUACUUUGAUUCAGAGGAAAGAGCUGAAGCAAAAAGAAGAUUCAAAGACUUAACAGCCUCUUCACAAGGCAGCACCACGUCUUAGCAGAAGAAUUUAAGACACAACUGUUCACUGAGAGGAUUUUUUUUAUGCGUGUGUGAGUUGUGUGUGUUUUUGUUUAUUUUUUUAGGGGUUUUUGGCCCUUUGUGAUAGUGCACUUAAGGUACCUCCUCUCCCCUCCUUCUGCCAAGCCACAAUUGCGUUGCCGUCUUUGAAAACUAGAGCUGUGUAUACUCUGUGUUUGUUUUGCUGCUAUGCGUCCCAUAGGAGGAUACCUAAUUCUAUAAACAAAAAUUUUUACCACAGUGAAUUCAGAUUAAGUCCUAUUGUGAUAAUCAUGAUUAAAUGGUUUCCAAUAAGUGUGUGUGGAUGAAAUGAAAGAAUCUAUGACAAUUUGGUGUCAUAACACUGGUUAUUUUUCUUUUAAGAAAUGUUCGUCUGUGUUUGAAAUAUCAGCUUUCGUUUAUUCUGUUUUGUCACUUAGCUGUUUUCAUAUUUGUGUUUCAAAGUGGUGAUGUUUUAAGAAAAUGGUUAAAUGGUUAAACAGUAUUCGGUUAAACAGGCUAUAGCAUUAUGUUAUAUAGCAAGGUCAUGCAUUUUGCUGAUGCCUUGACACGUGGUGAGUGUGGGUGGUUAUAAUUGUUUUGUUCUUCUAUUUAUCACCAUGUAAGUGUCAUAUGGACAGGCAGUGAACACUACAAAGGCAGAAGACUGUUAUAGCCAUCUGGCAGUUUAUAGGUAUCAGCUUGUAUGUCUUGAUUUCAGAAUUCUUUUCCCCCUAAUGAAUGUGAUUGCAAUGACAAUUAUUUGGAUUAAAAUCUGUAAAAAAUUAUAUAUAAGAUACAUUCUAUAAUUUUGCAACAACAAAUGGUGGCUUUGCUGCUAGCAUGUGUCCUAAGUCUUCUAGUGGAUCAAACGAGAUUUUACCUUGCUCAAUGAGUUGCUUGAGUUUUUGGAACAGGACCAAUAAUAAAUCUUCAACUUCAAAGGUCCAGUCACUUUGUUUACUCUAUCAUUGUUUGUGUUCAUUGGAAUCAAUACGUGAUAGAUAAGAAAGUUGUGCUUAACUUCUGAGGCAUCUGACAGUAAUGUCUCUGAGAAUGAAUGUAUAAUGAUUUACACAAAAUGGCUUAAAAUCACAGGGCACAGCUUUAAGACAUUACAUUCAUCUGGAUUAGUUAUAACAUAUUUAUACUGGUUACAUCUUUAUUAUCCUAUUAUCGGCUGUUUUAAAUACCGUGUACUGUAGGUUAGGUUAGGCUACUAAGAUGCGUUUCUCACUGGCUAAUGUGUAAUAGCUCAGCUUGCAAAUAGACCAUACAACUAAUCCAGAUUUGCUAUUCCUCUCAAGGUUUAUUAUUGAUAAAUACAUGCAUCUUUAUUGUGAGUGACUGUAUGACCCCCCCCCCCCCCCCCCCACCCACACACCAUUUUCUUUUUUGUUUGAAAGAAUAGAAUGCUUAUAUGUCCAUGUGUUUUAAAUGGUCAGACAGCUUGCAUGCUGGUCAGCAAUGCUGGUUAUGGACACUGAAUUAAUAAUAUUGUUGUAAAAAUGCCUUUGUUCAUGGCUCCACAGCAUUUGAUGCUUAUUAGAGGAAGACAUUCAGUUUUUUGUUUGUUUUGUUUCUUUUUUUUACCAUGCCUUAGUCCUCUUGUAAAUGUGAUGUGUUUGUGACAUUUGAAAUGUAUAUUUGAAAAGGAAUUCUAGAAAGUGUGACCAGAUGGGUAUACAGAAUUGUAUAGGCAUAGGAAACAUUGUUGAAAUGGUAACAUGACCGGAUUAAACAAUGUCACUAAUUAGACAGACUCAGUGAGUAAGAUUUCUAAUGCCCUCUUGUAAAUGGCAAAUAAAAAACUUAAAUCUUGA